AUGGCGGAAUUGGGGGCGAGCUGUGGCCAGCAAUCUCUCUCACGGCUAAAGUAUAUGACCUUAUCGAGUCUGAUGGCGCUCAAGGCCUCGGAAAAGGGACUAUUGCAGUUGCUUGUGUCUGCUGUAAGCUUUUUGGAGGGAUAUGGUUUGGAAGGCCCUUCACCGCCUAUUGAAUUGUUAGAUACAGCAGAGAGUCCUUCUGUUCUUCUUGUACCACGCAGGGCGGGGAUUAGGGAUGGUGCGCAGGUUUCCAAGGCUCCUUUUGUAACCCGUUUGAAUACUCACCAUGCUAAGAAUGAGGCUCCGUCUACGUCCUUGCCGCAUUUGUCAGCGGCUUCAGUUGAAGUUAAGCCUUUGUUUAGUACUUGCCUGACUGACGGAUGCCUUGAGGGGGCUAUUUGCAAAGGACCGUUUGAAAAAGAAGAGUUGUCGUACCGCAUUCUCCGAAGCACAAAAUCAUGUGAUGUCGUCCUAAAUAUAUUACCACUCUUGCUGGCGGGUGGUAUAACUAUACCGAAAGAAAUAGCACUAGGGCUUUUUGAACGUCUGUCAGAGGAGGACAAAAGGGCUGUAUAUGGCAUAGCUUCUCUUCUGGAAGUGGAACUGGGACUCUCCGGAUACAUGCUCUCUUUAGAUGUGGACUUAUGCAGGAAGAGACACUCAAUGUUUUUACACUCACACGAUUUUUUUGACAAGGCUAAGCUACCUGGCGUGGCACACCAAAAUGUGCGGCUGGAAAAGACGGAGCCAACACGGAGGAGCCGCCUGCAACGUAUACGAAAGGGAGACAGUACACAGUAG